CAUGAAGAACAGCAUUGAGGGCAUUUUAGUCAUUUAGACAUCAUCUCCGACCGAAACAAAAACAUUUUUGAGAGAUCGAUCUCCAAAGAAAAAUGGUGAAGGCAUGCGAACAAGUAGUAGACUGAAGAAGCCGAUCGUUCUUCUCACUAUCGCUCUAUUGAGCUCUGUCUUCUUCUUCGUAAUCUUCUUCCAAAACAAAUCUGACUUAUCAUCUACCUCUGGUUUCACUUCUUCUUCACGGAACCCAGACUCCAUGGCUCGAACCUUCAUCUUAUGGCUUCACGGGCUUGGUGAUUCUGGACCUGCCAACGAACCCAUCAAAACACUUUUCAGGUCACCGGAGUUUAGGAACACUAAAUGGCUCUUCCCUUCUGCUCCACCAAAUCCAGUCUCUUGCAAUUAUGGUGCAGUGAUGCCUUCGUGGUUUGAUAUCCCUGAGCUUCCUCUUACUGCGGGAUCUCCAAAAGAUGAAAGCAGUUUGCUUAAAGCAGUUACGAACGUUCAUGCCAUUAUAGAUAAGGAGAUUGCAGGAGGAAUCAAUCCAGAAAAUGUGUAUAUCUGUGGAUUUAGCCAAGGAGGUGCAUUAACCUUGGCUAGUGUUCUUCUUUACCCUAAAGCUCUUGGAGGAGGUUCAGUCUUUAGCGGAUGGAUUCCAUUCAAUUCUUCAAUCACCAAUCAGUUUAGCGAAGAUGCUAAAAAGACACCAAUCUUGUGGUCUCAUGGCAUUGAUGACAAGACUGUGCUAUUCGAAGCUGGUCAAGCAGCUCUUCCUUUUCUUCAACAAGCUGGUGUGACUUGUGAAUUCAAGGCUUAUCCUGAUCUUGGACACUCAAUCAGUAAUAAGGAGCUGCAAUAUUUGGAGUUAUGGAUCAAACAACGGAUGCAGAGCUCUUCGUCUUCUUCUUAAAAUGGUAUUAAAAGGCAACAUUGUACUCAAGGUAAUACCAUCCUAUUGCCUACAAGAUUAGAAGAAAAAUGAUAACAUCAGCUCAUCUCUGGUCCAGUUUCUCUAUCAUGAAAGCCGGUUUUUGGUUUAAUCGUCUUGUUUGGUUAUGUAAACGGUUACUUUUGUUAACUACAAAACAUUUUGUUACUUUGCAUUGAUUUGAAAAAUUAUAUGUCAACACUAGAAUUCUUUUA